AUGAACGGCACUCCUGGCACGUCGCAGCCCACCCAAGGCGUGCACAAUGCCUGGAUCGGGGCCAAGGGCCCUGGUUCUCUGGACCUGAGGAGCGACGUCAUGACCACGCCUACCCCGUCAAUGCUGGCUGCCAUCCAAUCCUGCACCCUCUUUGACGAUGUCUUCAGAGAAGAUCCGACGACGACCGACUUGGAGGCUCAUGUUGCCGCUCUUGCCGGCAAAGAAGCAGGCCUGUUUGUUCUUUCAGGAACCAUGGGCAAUCAGCUUGCCUUGAGGAGCCUCCUUGUCCAACCACCAUACGGCGUGUUGUGCGACCAUCGGUCUCACAUCAUCAAGUAUGAGGCUGGCGGGGUAUCAUCCUUGACCGGUGCCACCGUCAAGCCCGUCGUGCCGAAAAACGGCAUUCAUCUGACGCUCGAGGAUGUGACAGCCAACGUGGUCCUCAGUGACGACGUCCAUGCGUGCCCCACCAAGGUCAUCAGCCUUGAGAACACUCUCAACGGGAUGAUUAUGCCACUGGCCGAGGUCAAGCGCAUUGCCGAGUUUGCGCGGCAGCACAGCAUCAAGCUGCACUGCGACGGUGCCAGGCUGUGGGAAGCCGUUGUGGCGGGCGCCGGCACGUUGCCCGACUUUUGCUCCUACUUUGACACCAUCAGCCUCUGUUUCUCAAAAGGCCUCGGCGCGCCGGUUGGCAGCAUGCUUGUUGGUACCGAGGAGACUCUGAAGCAUGCUCGAUGGGUACGCAAGUCGAUCGGUGGCGGCCUUCGGCAGCCUGGAGUCGUCACGGCGGCCGCUAGGGUGGCCGUCGACGAGACGUUCGGCCGAGCUCCCGAUGGCAGCGAUGGCUUACUCAAGAAAUCGCACGAGAUGGCCAAGAAGGUCGAGGCCCUCUGGCAAGAGCUGGGUGGAACCCUUGUUCAUCCGGCGCACACGAACAUGUGCUGGCUCGAUUUGGAGGCUGCAGGCUGUAGCGAAGAUCGUUUCGUGCAGCUCAGCGAAGAGGCUGGCCUCAAGGUCAUGGGAGGCCGCCUCGUGACUCACUAUCAGGUUGCGCAAAACGGCGACGAGGUUUUGGGACGGCUGAGGAAGGUUUUCCAGGAGGUAUUUGCCGGGCCGGAGAAAACACAAUCCAAGGUCGGGGAGGCGAGCAUGUAUAGGUCGUAA